UGCCACAAGGGGGCGGCAAAUAUGUGUUGAGAGUUUGCAGGUAGAAGGGUGCAGUAAUGUCUGUCUUAUCAAAGAGGAACUUUAAUGUUUGGUGACGGCUUUAAAAAGGGAAACGAAGGUUAAUUCAAGAAUUCGCUCAGACGCCGUAUAACUGACAUUCACAUGAUCUGUCCGGUGGGUUUGAAGGACACUUGGGGGUCGUAAACAACCACUCAGGCACUGGAGAAUUUCUAAUUUUGUUAAGUGGGCUGUUUUAACGUCCCCCUCUCUCUCUGCCCCCUUUCUGCUCCUCUUUGUUCGCUGCCCUCCGCCUCUUUAUUGAGUCUGUGGGCUGCUGCAUACAAACACAGCGCAGCGGCAUUUUGGCAGAGUCAUUGUUUUGGCUUUGUCACGUCAGAUGUUUUCCCAUAUAGACCUCGUGCAAACCAAAGAGGAAUCCCACUGCAGCGGUUACCAUGAAACAGCCUGGAAUAACAACACACGUCCGUGCAACGCAGUCCCAUGCAAGAUUAAAAAAUUCAGUGCAUUGAUUAUCACAUGUAUAAUAUGGUAUGAGAGACGUGGAGUUCGUUACCUGACGAUUUUAGGUGCAAACCUUCAAAGUUUAGAAUGUGUAAAACUUACCUGGCACCAAAAUUAGAAAGAGGAAGAAACAAAUCAACUGGAGCAUAAAUUCAAAAACAGGAUUAGAGCUAAAAUGAUUAGUCAAUUGGUCCAAUGACAGAUUACAAUUUUGAUGAAUAGCAAAAAUACCAAAUGACUCCCUUGUUACAGCUUCCGGUAAAUUGAUAAUUUUGAGUUCUGGGCACUUGAUCGCCACAAGCUGCGUAAAAGACAAACUUGGACUUUAGUAAACUGGCAUUUUUCUUUUGCUAUUUUUGCAGAGCAGAUCAUUAACUGAUCGCGUAAGAACAUAACUCAGCCGGGUGGAUCAGUGUAUCAGGUGCUGCUCCAGUCAGAAUCGGCGAUGCUCACGAUCCGGGUUGAGGCCGUUUCUUUAAGACUGAAGGCAGAAAAGUGUGAAGGAUGAAACCGGCCCAACAGGCCAAAGUGGUGCGGCGACGUCAGGUCGUGUUUUUCAACCCUCCAUCGUCCUUGUGUAUCAUCUGCCGCCGGCGAAGACGAGAACGGUGCUGGAUUACUCAAAAAGUUAUGGACGGAUUUGCCUGAAGUUCUCAACAAAGACGGGACUCGGAACGUGGUAACGGGCGAUUACAUGUUUGGAGGAAAACAGGAAUUGUUUGAAGGAUUCUUCACCAAGUCUUUUCCAACGCGCAGCAUUGUGCGCGCCGCCGCCGACCGGAUCCUGCAGCCCCGGGGCGCACCGCGUUUCCGAGGAGGAGUGUGAACAUGCCCGAGUGAAGACUGCGAAUUAAACGUCGCCGGGUGAUCAACACUGAACCUGCAGCACCGACACACCGACGGGGAGCUGCUGCUGCUGCUGGUGCUGGUGCAGGGGAGGAGGGGAGGGGAGGCUUCUCUUUUUCAUCCCCAAGAAGGAUCGCAUGCGUCAAUGGUGCCAAACAAGUGGACCAUGAAUUCAGUUCUGCACAAGUCGCCACCAAGGAGCUGGCUGGGUCUCCGGUUACGACUGAAUGACAAGCCGGUGCAGGAGGAGGACUGGGUGGUGUGCCAGCACCCCGAGUGUCCCGAACGCAGGAGGGCCUCAAAGGUUUGCCACCACCCGGACUGCCAAGACCUGAACAGCAAGAGCCCCCUGCAUCUGUGCGAGUCAUGUGACUCGCGCUACCACUCGGAGAACACAGACAACAUGCACUUUGACCGGCACCCCCGCUUCGACUUACAGCCUCAAGCCUCCAUCCUGGCUCGGAACGUGUCCACGCGCUCCUGUCCCCCACGCACCAGCCCCCCCUUCGACCUGGAGGAAGAGGACGAGGGGAGCAACGACCGCGGGGAGCGUAAAACCGGGGGGCUGAAGCUGGUGAAGAAGAAGCCACGGAGGCGACACACCGAUGACCCCAGUAAGGAGUGCUUCAGCCUCAAGUUUGAUCUCAACGUGGACAUAAACACAGAGAUCGUGCCUGCGAUGAAAAAGAAAACGCUGAGGGAGGUUCUUGGGCCGGUGUUCGAGAGGAACGGCAUCGAGCUGUCGCGGGUCGACCUGUUCCUGGACCAGUCCAACACGCCGCUGUCCCUCAACUUCGAGGCCUACCGCUUUGGAGGACACUACCUCAAGGUCAAAGCUCGACCGGGCGACGAGCUGAAGGUGGAGCAGGGCGUGAAGGACAUGAAGUCACUGAGCCUGCCCAACAUGAAGCCCUCGGGGGGUCAGAGCCCCUACAUCCUCACGCCGGGCAGCGAGCGGGCGGAGCACGGAUCUCUGGGACGCAAGGAGAGCGUCGACCUGCUGGGUCAGGCGCGGCGCAGGAAGAACAUGACCGAGUUCCUGGGGGAGACGAAUAUUCCAACCCCGGAUACUCUGGGGCAGAUCGGUGGCUCGCUGCCCGGGGCCGGGCCCGACAGCUGGAAGAACCGCGCCGCCAGCCGCUUCAGUGGCUUCUUCAGCUCCGGCGCCGGAGCGGGGCCCUUCGGCAAGGAGGUGGACCGUCUGGAGCAGCUCCAGAGCAAGCUCCACUCCUACACGCUGUUCGGGCAGCCCAAGGUGCCGCGGCAGCUCUCCUUCCACCAGGACUCCUGGGAGGAGGAGGAGGAGGAGACCGACCUGGCCCUGGAGGACAGCUGGCAGUCGCUGCUGGACACCUCGGAGACAUUGACGAGGCGACAGUUCCACCAGCAGGAGGCAAUAUGGGAGCUGCUGCACACGGAGGCAACCUACAUAAAGAAACUGGGGGUCAUCACUGAUCUGUUCCUGUGCGGGCUGCUGAACCUGCAGGAGAGCGGCCUGCUGACGGAGGUGGAGCCCGCCAAGAUGUUCAGCAACAUCCAGGAGCUGGUGCGCCUCCACACGUCCCUGUGGAACCAGGUCAUGCUGCCGGUGCUGGACAAGGCCAGGCAGGCCCGGGCUUUGCUCGACCCCACCGAGCUCCAGCACGGCUUCAGGACGUUUGGCUCCAGGUUCCAGCCCUACAUCCGGUACUGCAUGGAGGAGGAGGCCUGCAUGGAGUACAUGCGCACACUUCUCAGGGACAACGAGCUCUUCAGGACCUACGUCACGUGGGGAGAGACGCACAAGCAGUGCAACCGUCUGAAGUUGGCCGACAUGUUGGCGAAGCCCCACCAGAGACUCACCAAGUACCCGCUCCUACUGAAGAGCAUUCUCAAGAAGACGGACGAGCCGUCGGCCCGCGACAUCGUCAACAACAUGGUGGCCACCGUGGAGGGCUUCAUCAACAGCGUGGACUCCCAGAUGCGACAGCGGCAGGAGCGGCAGAAGCUCGCCACCAUCUCCGCCCGCGUGGACUCGUACGAGGCCGUCGAGGGCAGCAGCGAGGAGGUGGAGAAGAUCCUCAAGGAGCACAACCGCUUCGACCUCAUGGCUCCCAUGAGGGGCAUCUCGCCGGAGGAGACUCGCCAGCUGCACCUCGAGGGAGCGCUGAGGAUGAAGGAGGGCAAAGACAGUCGGAUGGACGUCUACUGUUUCCUGUUCACCGACCUGCUGCUAAUUACCAAGCCAGUAAAGAGAGUGGAGAAAGUCAAAGUCAUCCGCCAGCCCCUCCUCAUGCACAACGUUGUCUGCAAGGAGCUCAAAGACCCCGGCUCAUUCAUCCUCAUCUACCUCAAUGAGUUCAAGAGUGCAGUGGCAGCCUACACUUUCCAGGCCAACAGCGCCACCCAGGGGCGAAGCUGGAUUGAUGCCAUCUGCAACGUCCAGAACCAGCUCCAGAGGCUUCGCACUGAGGAGGUCCUCCGGCAGCAGAAAAGUCUGAAGACGUGCACGGGUGACGAAGAGGAGGAGGACGAGGACGAGAGCAGCAACUCCACCACGAGUUCGCCGUGUCUGAGGCACAAGGACCAGCAGAACUCCAGCCAAUCAGACGGCUCCACCGAGACCCUGUCAGUGAUGGACAUCGAUGAGCCAGGCGAAAACCCAGCGCCUCCUUCCCCCAACAUGAACCUCGAGGGGACCACUAAGACGGACUCGGACUCCGACGCGGCCCCCCAGUCGGACAGCUCCGAGGUCCGGCAGGCUCAGUCCGCGAGCCCCCACAUAGUCCACACCGGAAUCUACUCUGAGCGCGAUCAGGAGACGGGGGCCGACGGCGAGGAGCUGGACCCCCAGUGUCGCUCGCUCUCCAUGGAUAGCGCCUACGGCACGCUCUCGCCCGAAUCUCUCCUGAGAGAACUUCAGCCGCAGCCCGGCCACAGUGAAGGAGAGGAGGAAGGGGAGGGAGUGAGGGAAGUUCAGGAGGUAGAGCCGGAAGAAGGAGACGCAGAUGAGGAGGAGGAGGAGGAGGAGGAAGAGGAGGAGGAGGAGGAGGAGGAGGAUGCCGCCUCACUGGGGUCCCAGCUGUCGGUGGUCCAGUCCUCCAAGCCUCGGCGGCGGCCUCAUGUCCAGUCGCGGCUCCACUGCCUCCAGAGGCUGUCCACUCUGGCCCUGUCCCGCUCCGAGGACAACCUCCUGCAGCGGCUCUACGGCAGAACCACCACGACCCACAAACACUCGCUCAGCAACGAGGAGCACGACCGGUCACGGUGCGGGGACCUGGACAAGUCGACGCUGGCUCACAGCAAGAGCCUGUCAGAGCUGGGACACCACUGCGCGGAGCUGCUCCCCGGCGACCUCGGCCAGUCCGACGACUGCUUGAGCGCGGCGUCGGGCAAAGUCUGCGCCAGCCUGCGGAGGGCGGAGGCCAGGCACGGCCACAGGGCGGCGGGGGCGGGGGCGGGGGCGGCGGCGACGGCGACGGCCGGACAGCGCGAGGGUCACGAGGGUCACGAGCCCCACGGCAACGGCUCAGACGGGGAGACGGCUCCUCCCUCUGCCUGCGCGGACAGGAAGCACGAGUCGACGGCCGGCGGCGACUCAGGGGAGACGUCGCCCAAAAAGAGGAAAUCUCCGGCCCAGCAGCACAAGAAGCUGACGCUCGCUCAGCUGUACAGGAUACGCACCACUCUGGUCCUCAACUCCACACUCACUGCGUCGGAGGUAUAACCACUCUUCCAAAACAGCUGACCAGUGUUACACGGACAUUAUGAGGAACCACACUCGUUUUUUGCGUGGAUGGACUGAACUUCUUGAGACACGAAUGCACUCUCUCUCCUGCUGCCCUUUUUUCUUUUUUUUCGGUCUGUGACUCAGCGACCCCCGUUUUUACAUUUGAACAAUAACGAGUCCUUAUUUUUUUGUUCCCUUUCUUUCUUGCUCCUUUGCUGUUGCAUUGGUUCCCGGAUUUCUUGAACGGAAAGGAGACGCAGAGAGACGUUUAACUGCUUGCACUUUGCAACGGAAGUAGCAUUAUCUGGGGGGUGGGCCAGGACCUUAAGGUGGACCGAGGGGGGGUGGGGUGGUGGACGUGCCCGCCCCCGGGCAGAGCGAGGAGGCAAUCCGGGGCAGAUGUCUUCGAACUUUGACCCCGUGCCCUCUGUCGCGGAGAAGAGGCGGAGCUGAAUCCUGCAGCUUCUCUGUCGCAGCGACGGGCGGCGAGUCUUGAAACUACUCCACACGUUGCUUUAAAAAAAAAAAAAAACCUAAAAAAAGAAACACAGCACCUAGGACGUCCUCCUAAUAUUUGUACUACUCCCGGUUUGAAAACAAAAAAAAAAAAAAGAAAGAAAAGAAAAUUGCACAGUUAUCUUUGUUAUAAGUAGAAGAAUCACUAAGGAGUGAAAUUACAUUUACAGUCACGCAGUGAAUUAGAAUUCAUGGUCUGCUGUUUGUGUCUGCUCAUGUACAAACGCGCGCGCGCGUGUGAGUGUGUGAAUGUAAGUGUGUGUGCGAAUGACACACGGUCCUCGGAUUUCCUGACUGAACCAAAACCUGAUUCCCCGUCUCCUGCGAAGACGCUGACGCAGCCGAGGACGGACGACCCCGAGUCGCUCGUAGAUUCCCGACAAAACCGCACCCAAAGACGACAGCCAAUCACAACACAGCUUCCUUACCACGGAGACUGACUGACUUUUUUUUUCCCCUUUACUUGUUAAUCUUUUGGUUGAACUAAUGCCAUUUGGUUUUUGAACUAAUGACAGGAUGAGUUGAUUUUCCAAUGACUGAAUUACGGCUCGAGUGUUCGCUCGCCCCUGAGGCCUAAAAAAAAAAAAAAGAUAGAAGUCGUCUACACUUGAAUCACUUGCCUGUGUCGGAGCACCUUUUUCUCUUGAGACAUUUCAUUUCCCCCGUGUUUAUUUACGAUGGCGACAUUGAUAAGAGAUUGAAAAGGUUUUUGGGGUUGGAUGUUACGUGAACGAGUGAAUCUGCAGAGCCGGCUUUGGUCGAACGGCCUUUUUUUUUUCCAGGAGAUAAAAAAAAAAAGAAUGAAUAAAUAAAUAAAAAAAAGAAAACAGAAACUUAACAUUCACACUGAUGUUCAGCUUUUCAGAUCUGUGAUUUAUAACCUUAUUCCAAACCUGGCCCCAAAACAAAAAUAGGUUGAACUGUUUACUUUUAGUUUAUGUUAUAUUUAUUAUGCCUAUGUUUUAUAUAUAUAAGAUUAUUGUUUAUAUUGUUUUGCUUCCAUGUUCCAAGUUUUUUUUGUUGUUGUUGAUGUAGUCUUAAUCUUUAUUUUUAUUUUUUUGUCUUGCCAGGCAUGAAUGUGCUUAUGAACCAAAAUCAUGUGUUUUCCUCUUUCAGGAAUGACUUUAAAGUGUCUUACAGAAUAAAAAACAAAAAUUGCUAAAAAAAAAA